AGAUCGACAGCGACAGCUGAUCAGUUUGUGUCAAUGUAAAUAUUUGGGAGGUGCGCCUUAACCCCUGAAUGUUUCAAAUGUCAAAUUUAAGUAAUUAUUUAUUGUUUUUUUGUUGCAUAUUAUAUUAAAUGUACAAUACCAAUUUCAAAAUAAUUGUAAAAUGUGGUAUUUGUUUUACGGUAGAUGAAAACCUUACUAUCAUCAACUAAUAUGAUGUGACAAUUUCAAUUUUAGUAAGAUAGCAUUCAAUGGAUGCAUUUAGUUGGUACGCUGCUGAUAAUCUUGAACAUGUGAAGCAGUGUGCGACCACUUCUGUUCCUCUUUGCAGUCUUCCAAGUUUACAGUUGAGAUUUCUUUGCCCAAACGACUUACCUGAGGUGCGUUCAUUAUGUCAAGAUUGGUUUCCCAUAGAUUACCCAUAUUCAUGGUAUAAAGAUAUCACAUCUAACCCACGCUUCUAUGCUCUGGCUGCUGUACUGGAUGGGAUUAUAAUCGGCCUCAUUGUAGCCGAAAUAAAAAACUAUUUGAAAUUAAACAAAGAGGAUAAAGAUAUUCUGUCACCGUGUUUUGGCAAGACAACAUGCGUUGGCUACAUAUUGAGCCUGGGUGUGAGCGUGAAGCACCGACGCAACGGCAUAGCGUCUCUUCUGCUCGAGAAUCUCAUCUCACACCUCACUGUCUCCGAAAAUGCAGACUGCAAGGCACUCUUCCUGCAUGUACUCACUACAAACUCACCCGCCAUUCAUUUCUAUGAGAAUCGGCAUUUCAGGCUACAUUCCUUCUUACCUUAUUACUAUUCAAUAAAAGGUAAAUGCAAAGAUGGAUUCACGUAUGUUCUGUACAUCAAUGGCGGACAUCCUCCCUGGGGCGUUUACGACUAUGUGAAGCACUGCCUGGUGUGGAUGUUCAAGCUGACGGCGUGGCUGUGCGGCCGCAUCCCCGCCGCCGUGCAUUGGCUCUGGCCGGGAGUGCGGCGGAUCGUCGUCGAAAACACCACUGCCUUCCUCACACAGUACAGCUGAGUCCUGCUUGCUCCAAACACCAAAUACUAUACAAAACCACCACUAUACUUACAAUAUCAAUCUUGCUUGAGAAACAAAGUUACCCCCCGGUACAAAUGCAGACGAUAUUUAUAUUUUUGUUUUCAGAUUUAUUUCCGUGUUGAUUAUUUGUAAGAAAUGUUAAAGCUCUGGUGAAGAAGUGCUUCAAGUUGUUUGUUAUCUGAAUGUUCAUAUUCUAAAAGACGGCAAAUGCUAUAAGAUAGGUGAUUCACUGCCAAUAUUACUGGCUGCAGUAAUGUUCUAGUUUUAGACAACUCAUAAAAUAUUGUAGCAACUAUUAUUUGAAGAAUAUGGUAACUAGAUUGAUAGGUAGUUAUGUUUUAAUGUUGAUUGAGAAAUUGGCAUGAUAUAAUUUUUACCAUUAUCAUAUUAUGGUAAACAUACUCGAGGUGCAAUUUAAAGGAAAUUAAUCAAAUCUGUAUCAAUGUAUAACUUAUAUUCUAUAAUGUCAAUUGUGCAUUUAAAAUUUGAAACAAAAUCCAUUAAUAUUGCCUUCUAUUAUGUUUGUCUACUGUUUUUUAGUAAAUACACAAAUUUGGACAUGUUUUGUUCUAGGAGGGAAAGUAGGUUCUUCAUUUGCAACAUCAUCCCAUAGGGUCAGUUGCCUGAAAAUACAAUUGAACUUAACAAUAAUUAUAUCAUUGUCGUUGGAUUUGUUCAUUGUUUUCAUUGAAUAGCGUCAUUUUACGGCGGAUAAAUUUGUUGAAAUUUUGUUUAAUUAGCUGUACAACUACUUUUUUAGAAGGACAGAUAAUUUAGUUGAUAUAAGAUUUUUGUGGUAAUCUUGUCAAACUGUCGGGGCUCUCAAUUUAUUAAUUUCAUUGAAGAAUACGCAUCCUUUGCAAUAUCCGUCCGUAGUGCAGUACGCACAAGUGUCAAUUUUUUUGUCUUCCUUUAUAAUCCUUUAAUUUUUCUUUUGUCUGGUAAAUGGUAUAUUAUUUUAUCAGUAAUACAUACCAUUCACUGAUUUGAAAUAGCUAACUGUGCAACUUCUGUGUAAAACUAGUGAAAACUGCAAACGAGAGCUGAGUUUGGUCAUCUAUCAAGUUUGUACAUCAGUUGUAAACAAUAUUUUUCCCAUCAUUCAAGUUAUCACCUUUAUAAUAUUGAAAAUGGUACUGAUAUUGAUAUUAAUGAUUGGAACGGUGCGGUAAACAACCGUGUGCAAAAUACGUGUUUUCCGCACGGUAUGCAAGAAUCAGCUGUUUUACGAAUAGUUUUCAGUUCAAUAAAGACUAGUUUUGCGAUCGAGAGUUGUUCAAAUUAUAAAAACUGUUAUAUGUACCUAUAUUGUACAAAAAACGAUAUUCUACAAAUAACAUGACUAAUAAUAAUUGUAAUAAACAUUGUGAAAUAAUGUGCCGAAAGAAAGUCAAUAAGAUACUGUACAAAUGGUUGAAAAUUUCAAUUAUAUUGAUUGUGAAGGUAGAAGGGAAUUUUUGUGAAUAGGUAGAUGAUUUAUGUGUACUUAAAUGAGAAGAUUAUUUUUCUAAUAUAUUGAUUUUUGCUAAUUAAUUCAUUGAUUAUUGUUGAUUAAAAAUUAUUUUAAGAUAAAUAUAUAUUAUACUAAAAGUAGUUAGUGCGAUGGCUAACUGUUUGUGAAUCUCAAUAAGCACAUACAGUAGAUAAAUAUUACUGUACCAUAGUGCAUAGCUGCAAUAAAUUACUCAGGAUAAAAACUAUAUUAUUCAGCAUAGUAUCAAACAUUAUUUUAAAUAGAAGACUUACGCAUUUUUGACUACACUGCAAUUUGUUUUAGAGUGUUGAAUGAUUUGAAAAUUAAAAGUUUCGAUAAGGUUUUUUUUUUCAAGUGGAAACUAAAAUUCUAUAUGAAUAAUAUUAUUUUAUAUUCAAUUUAAAAACUGGAAAUCAAUUUUCAUUUAACAUUUGCAUCACUUUAUUCUUUAGUUCAGACUUGAAUUACAUUCACUUGUAAUUUAUUCAUACAGUAUUAUAAUGACCAUUGUGAAAGCAGACACGUUUAUUAAUGGUAAACUUUCAUUUAAAUUAUUGAAUAUUAUUAGUUAUAUUAUGCAUUAUUUAAGUUUAACGUUAUUUUAAUAUAUAACUCAAUCUAAGCAAGAUCAAAAUGUAAUUAUUCUUCAGUGUAGACUAUUUGCAUUAGAAUUAGUGGUUAGCUUCCUUAUUUUAGUUGGAACAAGGUUCAAGUACCAAAGUAAUAUAUGACGAGUAUUGAAUACUUUUUCACAGGUGCAUGUAAAUAUAAAAUUGUAUUAUAUCA